CAAAUGGGUGCCAUUUCUGGCCUCCAACGACGCCAUUUUCGGCCGUCAUUUGGUAACACGUGACCUCAAUCUCCCGGCACGUCCCCGUCCGGCUACCACCACGCACCAGUCAAACUCCACCCGCAAGCACCCCACCAAUUCAGUUGUCCUCAGCAAAGUCGCUCGUCUUGACGCCCUGCGAGGGCGCCAAAAAUGGCCUCACUGCACCCCAUUAAACGGGCCUGGCCACAGGCCAAGUCACGAUGGCGCCAAUCUGCCUACCGUGGCCCCUUUCCUUUAUAUUCUUCGUUCUUCCACCCUUCUUGUUCCCUCGACAGCGAUGCGCUGCCAACCGCCUGGCCGUGUCGUGGUUUUGUGGCCCCCGCCUCCUACACACCUUCGCCGUCCCUUGUCUUCCCCCGAUCCCAACGAUGAAGCGUUCUCGGCCCCGACGGAGUAGAAAGCUGGGAAGCGACUGUGCUGAGGAUGAUACAACUACAACCACUACGAGCGACUCAGACGAGCUGGGCGAUGCUACUUAUGAGACGGAUCUGACGGAGCUCGACGAUGCCCCGAGCUCACGAAAACGUCUCCGGUCGGAUGAGAACUACUCUGCCUUGGAGCCAGGGCUCUCUGGUGACUUGGGGGAAUUUUACGAUGAUCCACUAGAUGAUGAUGGAGUUGACCUGUCUGAGAUUCCCGAAGAUUUCGACAAAGCACCAGGCACCAUUGAACGACGAGCGCGGAUUGAGACCCGGUGGAAACGGUACUGUGCUAGCCAAGUGCUGAACAAGCCCAACGAGCGAAAAUGGCGGGAGCCCGAGGAAGCGCUACGCCAGGCGUCGAACAAUGACAUGUAUCGGUUCCUAGGCUGGUGUCUCAAGCUCGAGCGUGGCAAGAAUAACCGGCGGUUAAAACGCAUCAAUAAAGCUAGCUCGUUGAAUACGGACUGGAAAAACCUCCGCGGCUACUACCAAAAGCUUACCAAGAUCAAAAUCAACGAUGAGGAUGGCUCAGAUGUACGGAGGGGUAUGAAGUACUUGGUCCAAGAGCAUGGGUUAGACACACAGCCUGGAAAGAAGACACCGGUUUAUAUCGAGGAUAUUGGCCCGUUUAACGAAACGAUUUUGUCGACGCAGGAGAAAAAGUUCUAUCUGGGCUUCCAACGUAUCCAAGUGUGCCUAUUCAAUUCCCUCGGUCUCUUUACCGUGCACCGAAGAGCCGCCUUGUUGAGUCUGCAGUUCAAGGACCUACAGAUCUCCCUUCAGAAGGAUCCUCGUGGAGGCCCACCCAUCCCUAUAAUUGAACUUACUCCCGAAGGGACGAAAAAGUUCCUCGGUCUGACCAAAUUAACUACUUUUGCACUUCCCGAGAUCGUUUACGGGCCCUCUCUGGUGAUAUGCCCGCAUACAUUGCUUUUCGGCAUUCUGUUCCAUGCGGGCGCAUUCCGGAACUCGAGGCUGACCUCGAAGGCUCAGCUACGCAAACUAUUCAUCAGCAAAGGCUGUGAGCAGCUCCUGGUGCCCUUAGACCCCAACAAGUCUGAUUGGUAUAUCUUCUGUAAGACGGAGCUGGUCAACGGCGCUCCGACAAUUCAGCGGACCGUACCGAUGUCCAAGUCGACCAUGUCCACUUUGCUGGUUACCUUUGGGGAGAUCCGCGGGUGGAAAGGGGCGUUCCAUGCCCAUCAGUUCCGUUAUGGGGGUGGUAAAGUGAUUAACGAGAGCGGGUGGGUGAGCAAGGAACAACACAUGUUGAUCAUGAAGCACGCAAGCCCCCGGACCUUUCUCGACCACUAUCAUCCUCUGCAAAUCGACACCGAUAUGAUCCGGGUUAUCUGUGGUCUCGACCCGGACGUGGAACUGAUGCGAGCCGUCACGCGGCAAAGUCAUUGGCGGGACACGCGACGCCCACGCUAUUUGACUGAUCAUCAAAGGGCACAACUUGAGGAUCACCCCGAGUUGGAGGAGGCCCGGCGCAAUCUUAGCCAGAUCCGUGCCCAGUACGAGAAGACUCAACAGCCCGCCCUGCUCCCUCGGAUCCAGCAACGGGAGAAAGAAGUGAGAAACACGCGAAAACGGUUGCAAAGGAGCUUGCGGCAUCAAAUCCGAGAGAAUUUUGAUGAAGAGCAAGCAUUUCUAGACAUCGAGGCGCAGCUGUCUGGUACAGUGGUCAAGGAAGAGAGCGAGGACGAGUCAUCCUUGGAGGACACUAUGCACCCUUUUCAGUUGUAUCUAGUCCAGAGUCUUCUUUCCUACCCAAUCUCUAACUCGUUGGAGGAUGAGUGGAAUCGGCGCGAUACGGGUGCUGCAGCCGUCGUGCAGUAUUGUGACGUCCUAGAAGGAGGUCCGUUAAGGGGCCGGCCCAAGCGGAACGCCUCUGAAUCCGUUACGUCGGCUGGUCCCAUAAACCAGCCGCAAGAUGCAGGGCAGAGCCAAAAUGUUGCCAACUCAUGUGAGGUACCUGUUUCUGUCGCUGGCAAGCCGUCGCGUGCCACUAAGGAAUACCUCGAGAAUUCUGAGAAGCCGGAGGCUUGCUUUCAAUGCUUUGCAAACAAGGGGCUCGCUGACCAUGUUCGCUUCCAGAUGUAUCAUGACGCUGGGUGUGUUACGCGCCAUUUUGACGCUAUUCAUCUCAAAGAAAAGCCCCUUAAAUGCAACUGGUGUGAAGUAGCCUUGUUACAUCAAAUGGCGUUCCAGCGCCAUGCUUUUGAUGUGCAUCGUGUGCGCAGUCGCAAACGUUGCCCGAAUCCGGUGCAGGAACUUCAGACGCAAGAGCAAGUGCGCCACGACCCACUGGAUGGCAGUUAAGCGGAGGUCUUAUUCUCUGGAUAGAUAUGGAUAUGCACUGUCUACCUUAUUUGGGAUAGCGCAAACAACACUAUGUUCCGAACUCACACCAUCUUAGGUUGACGUUCAAUCUUGUAAUUCAGCUUGUAUUAUCGCCCUAUGGCCAAUUAAUCCCUGGGACUGAGUACGUGUUUGUUGGUUCUCCGGAUACAAGGGCCUUCCUGUUCCCGGCUGGUUGCAUGCUCUGAUAUUUUCCUCACCCAAAGAAAUUGAUUUUAAAGAACUGUGCCUGUUUACUAAGGCUCCCCGCAAAGUAACAUACUCUCCCGGAAACCUCUCCAGCUCAUUGUAUUCCCGCGCUAUCACUUUCCUCCUAGGAGCUAUUGUCACGGAUGUACACAAAGCAUACUUAUCCCGGUUCUCCUGAACCUGAGGAAGCUCCUUUCUUUGCCAUCC